AUGGAGCUGCUGUCCCAAGUCCUGCUCUGGAAACUUGUGCUUCUGCAGGGUGAGCGCGCGGUGGGCAGGGGGCCGUCAGGGCCGGCGACGGCCGGCAGCGCCGUGGUGUCCGAGGCGGCCGUGAACUGGGCGGCAGGCGGCGGGGCCGUGCUGCGCUGCCAGAGCCCGCGCAUGGUGUGGACCCAAGACCGGCUGCACGACCACCAACGCGUAGUCCACUGGGACCUCAGCGGCGGCGGCCACGGCCCCGCGCGCCGGCUGAUGGACAUGUACUCCGCGGGCGAGCAGCGAGUUUACGAGCCGCGAGACCGCGGCCGCCUCCGCCUGUCGCCCUCCGCCUUCCACGACGGCAACUUCUCCUUGCUCAUCCUCGCGGCGGAGGAGACCGACGAGGGACUCUACACCUGUAACCUGCACCACCAUUACUGCCACCUCUACGAGAGCCUGGCCAUCCGCCUGGAGGUCACCGACGACCCCCUGGCCGCCGGUGCGCGAUGGGAUGGCGAGAAGGAGGUGCUGGCGGUGGAACGCGGCGCGCCGGCGCUGCUUACUUGCGUGAACCGCGCGCACGUGUGGACUGACCGGCACGUGGAGGAGGCUCAGCAAGUGGUGCACUGGGACCGGCAGCCACCCGGAGUGCCUCACGACCGCGCGGACCGCCUGCUCGACCUGUACGCGUCAGGCGAGCGCCGCGCCUAUGGGCCGCCGUUCCUGCGCGAUCGCGUAACCGUGGGGGCGGAUGCCUUUGCACGCGGCGACUUCUCCCUGCGCAUCGACCGGCUGGAGCUAGCCGACGAAGGCACCUAUUCCUGCCAUCUGCACCACCACUACUGCGGCCUGCAUGAGCGCCGCGUCUUCCACCUGAAGGUCACCGAGCCCGCCGUGGAGCCGCGCCCCCGGGACUCACCAGGCAACGGCUCCAGCCACAGCAGCGCGCCGGGCCCAGACCCGACGCUGGCUCGAGGCCAUAGCGUCAUCAAUGUCAUUGUCCCAGAGGGCCGGGCCCACUUCUUCCAGCAGCUGGGCUACGUGCUGGCCACCCUGCUGCUCUUCAUCCUGUUGCUCAUCACCGUCGUCCUGGCUACCCGUAAGCGUCGCCACCGUGGAGGAUACGAGUACUCGGAUAAGAAGUUGGGGAAGUCAAAAGGGAAGGACGUGAACAUGGCGGAGUUGACUGUGGUCUCAGGUGAUCAGACUCUUUACAGGGGUGAGGACAUCCAACUAGAUUACAAAAACAACAUUUUGAAAGAGAGGGCUGAGCUAGCCCAUAGCUCCCUGCCUGCCAAGAACAUUGACCUGGACAAAGAGUUCAGGAAGGAGUACUGCAAAUGA